GGGUUUGAUGGCAUGUCCCAAUCGAUGUCAAGAAAAGAGUAUUGAGACUUUGUCCUGAUCGGGAUGAUGAUCCGCCCGCGGUGCACCCAACAACGUUCGCUUGGCUCCACCAUCUCUCCCGCUGUCGCGCCCGACGCGUCCCUCAUGGAAAUCCUCCAAAGACCACACCCACCACUGCGCCCCUCCAUAACUUGCAACCUUGCUAUUGAUGAGGCUGCCAGGACGCUUUCAAGAUGAAUGACACGUCAACUUCUCUGCUCACAGAGCAUUUCAGCUACACCCCUUUGUCCUUGAUAGACGAUAUUAUCAACUCGAUCAACAAUCUCAUCUACCAGGCGAUCUCGAGUUUAGAAUCUGGUCUCCUGUCGACCCCACCGGAACGGCUUGGUUUCGGCCACGCGCAGAACGGCUCCACGAUCCCUGACACCGACGAGGACGGCAACGUCGUUUAUCCAGAAGCGCAGUUGGAGAUUGAAAAUGGACUGCAUCAGCUGGAAACUCUCCUCGAAUCGACCGUUGACAAGGCGUUUGAUAAGUUCGAGAUCUACCUGCUGCGAAAUAUCCUCACCGUGCCGGAGGAUUUACUGGGUUGGGUGAGACUGAAGCAUUACGAGAACCUUCAACUGACGCCUCCUCCGGAUGCGCCGACCCCGGAGACGAUCCAGCUGCAGCGCAGAAAACUACACGAAACCAGGAAGUUGAAUCAUGCUCUAAAGCAGGAGAGUGCCCGAAACGAGACUAUUAUUUCCCAGCUACAGUCAAUUCUAUCGACGGUACAAACGGCGGAUGGCGCAAAUGGCACUAAAGAGGAAGCGCAACCCGCAGACACAACCACCCCCUCCGCGCACCGAGGCCUCGACCUCUCCUUCUUAACUUCCAGUCCCGCUGCGCGGCAAUUACGGGUUGGUGUAGACGCUGGCCCCGGCACUCAACACACGCCCCUCACAACCAACACAACGUUCAUACUGUCCCAACUUCCCGCUCUGCAGGCGGUGCUGCGCCAGCUCCGGCCGAAGCUAGCCACGCUGCCCAAGUCGGGAGACGCCAUGGAGGUGGAUUCCAAGGGCGACGAGCGACGAGAAUACAUUGAGAGUCGGAUCCGACUGCAUCUCGAACGUACCGGACAACUAGCCGUCGGUAGCAACGGCAAUCCGGUCGUUGCUGGCCGGAAGAUCGACAUCUCCGAGGCGCACGCCUUGGAGAUGGUCACCGGGAUGCUUACCCAAGGCGACAAAAUGACCGACUAAGAUGGAUGGCAAAAAUCAAUGAACAAAAUCCUUUAAUGGA